AUGGCUCCUUCUUCUGUACCCGAUUCGCUGCUGGCUCGCGUGCGGCCUUCGUGUGCCAAGCUGGUGGCGCAUGAGUCCUCGUGUGUGCGUAUUAACGCGGACAAGGUGCGCACGUUCGAGGAGCAGCUGGACGCCAAGGAGUUCGAGCAGCUCGCAGAGCCCAUGAACUUCCCGCUCAACUUCCGCUCGCAGCAGGACGAGAUCAACUUCCUCACGCUGUAUGCACUGUUAAACUUCGGCAGCGGCUUCAGGAAGGACCUGCACAAAUACACGGAUCGAGGAGCUCACGACACCAUUGUGUUCGGACUCAUUGGCAUGUACAUUUCUGUACCCAAGCUGGACGCUCAGUUCAUGAAGAACUUGACCAUUGACCUGGUGGCGAACUACUUCAGUAUCCCACUGGAGAAGGAUGAGGAGGUCUCUACGGGUAUCUACAUGGCCAAGCCGGGACCAUUGAAGCCUCUGGCUGUGAUGCUUCAGAAGAUCCUGAACGAGUCCGGACAGAAGCUGAUUGACCUGAAGAUGGAAGAUUUCGGCGCGUUCGUCCUGGCCAACCUCGCUCCAGAAACCUCUGCUGACCAAGAGGAGAAGGAGUCUGUCCGUCCUAGUGCAGUGUACCUCGUGGAUCAAUUCGUGUCGACGUUCCCGGGCUUUGACGACCACUACGAAAUCCAGGGCGAGAAAGUGUAUCUCCUCAAACGUGCCCAGCUCGCCGUCGCGUGCAUUCACCGUCGAUUCAAGGAUUCCGAGCCUAAGCUGACAUUCACUGACAUCAACGAGCUCACAGCUUUCAGCGAUAACGUGUUGCCGUGUGUACUCCACGCUCUCGGUGUGCUUGAGUACGACGCGGGCUUGGAGGCUCGGAUUAACCGCGGCGAGGAGUUGCCUGCCGGGAAGGAAGAGUGCGAGCUGCGCGCCGCUGCGGUCGUUGCAUGCGAUCAGAUCGUAGCCGAGAGCAAUGGCCGCAUCGGAACCCUCGAGUUGGACUUCUACCUGUGGCGCGUAGGCAAGGAGGACCGCUUCCGAGGCCUCGAGCGCCACGCCACGCGCGAUACGUUCUUCUACUAG